GCGGAGCGUGGCCCAGCACCGCCCCUCCGCUCCCGCCCUCCCGGCGCGGCUCCUCUGCGCGCUGCUCCUCUCGCCGCCCGCCCGGACCGCGGACCCUCCUCGGCGGCGCCGGCCUGCGGCCCGGCUCCUCAAUUGUUCAUCUGUUCUGAAAGGAACUGUUCCUGCUGAUAGCUCACAUACAUCCCCAAACUUUGGUUCAGUUACUGAAGUGGAUCCCAGGAUGCUGCCACGAAAUCUACCUCCUCUCUUACUUUCUCUCACUUCUAUGCAGCAUUAUUGCAAAUCUGAACACCAUAUCUACAGACUAUCUUGGAGUCCUCUGAAGAAGAGUUUGGUGCAUACUUAACGUGGAAUGAUUGAGGAGUUGUUCUAAAUCUGCAACAAAAUAUUAACUAGUGAAUCUGAGUGUCUCAGGUUCUGCGUGCUACAAAUAACCUCACUUAGAGUUCUUUCUCUUUUGACUGAGGCAUUCACCUGAUCUUCCCAUCAGAAAGACUGCAGCCGCCUUAAUCGGGUCCUAGAGAUAUUAAUGGAAUACAGUCAUGUCCACUCAGGACGAGAGGCAGAUCAAUACGGAAUAUGCCGUUUCCUUGUUGGAACAGUUAAAACUGUUCUAUGAACAGCAGCUGCUAACUGAUAUAGUGUUAAUUGUUGAGGGCACCGAGUUCCCUUGUCAUAAGAUGGUUCUUGCAACGUGUAGCUCUUAUUUCAGGGCCAUGUUCAUGAUUGGACUCAGCGAAAGUAAACAGACGCAUGUGAACCUGAGGAAUGUUGACUCGGCUACUUUACAGCUCAUCAUAGCUUACGCAUACACGGGGAAUUUGGCGAUAACUGACAGCACUGUGGAACAGCUCUACGAGACAGCUUGCUUCCUGCAGGUAGAAGAUGUGUUACAGCGAUGUCGAGAAUACUUAAUUAAAAAAAUAAAUGCAGAGAACUGUGUUCGCUUAUUGAGUUUUGCGGAUCUCUUCAGCUGUGAGGAGUUGAAGCAAAGUGCCAAGCGGAUGGUGGAACACAAGUUCACCGCUGUGUAUCACCAGGACGCGUUCAUGCAGCUGUCUCAUGACCUGCUCAUAGACAUCCUAAGUAGUGACAACUUGAAUGUGGAGAAGGAGGAGACAGUCCGAGAAGCCGCCAUGUUGUGGCUGGAGUACAACCCAGAAUCCCGGUCACAGUAUCUGUCCUCGGUUCUCAGCCAAAUCAGAAUAGACGCCCUUUCAGAAGUAACGCAAAGAGCCUGGUUUCAAGGUCUCCCACCCAACGAUAAAUCUGUCGUGGUUCAGGGUCUCUAUAAGUCUAUGCCCAAGUUUUUUAAGCCGAGACUUGGCAUGACUAAAGAGGAAAUGAUGAUUUUCAUCGAGGCUGCUUCUGAAAACCCCGGCAGUCUUUACUCAUCUGUCUGUUAGCCCCAAGCAGAAAAAGUUUACAAGAUUUGUAGUCCACCUGCUGACUUGCAUAAGGUCGGAACCCUUGUAACUCCCGAUAAUGACAUCUACAUAGCAGGGGGGCAAGUUCCUCUGAAAAACACAAAAAUGAAUUACAGCAAAACAAGCAAACUGCAGGCGGCCUUCAGAACAGUGAAUUGCUUUUACUGGUUUGAUGCACAGCAGAACACUUGGUUCCCAAAGACCCCAAUGCUCCUCGUCCGCAUCAAGCCCUCUCUGGUUUGCUGUGAAGGCUACAUCUAUGCGAUUGGAGGAGAUAGUGUCGGGGGGGAGCUCAACCGGAGGACUGUGGAAAGGUAUGACACUGAGAAGGACGAGUGGACCCUGGUGAGCCCAUUGCCUUGUGCCUGGCAGUGGAGCGCGGCGGUCGUGGUCCAUGAUUGCAUUUAUGUGAUGACACUGAAUCUCAUGUACUGCUACUUUCCAAGGUCAGAUUCCUGGGUGGAGAUGGCCAUGAGGCAGACGAGCAGAUCCUUCGCUUCUGCGGCAGCUUUUGGCGAUCAGAUCUUCUACAUUGGAGGCCUCCACAUCGCCAGCAGCUCUGGCUUGAGGCUGCCGACCAGCACCGUCGACGGGUCUUCGGUCACCGUGGAAGUGUACGACGUAAACAAGAAUGAAUGGAGGAUGGCGGCCAAUAUCCCUGCCAAGCGCUACUCUGACCCUUGUGUGAGAGCCGUGGUGAUCUCGAAUUCUCUGUGCGUUUUUAUGCGAGAAACCCACUUAAACGAGCGGGCAAAGUACGCCACCUACCAGUACGAUGUGGAGCUCGACCGCUGGUCUCUGCGGCAGCACAUAUCCGAGCGCGUGCUCUGGGACUUGGGGAGAGAUUUCCGAUGCGCCGUGGGGAAGCUGUAUCCAUCUUGCCUCGAAGAAUCUCCGUGGAAACCACCGACGUGUCUUUUUUCUCCUGACGGAGCCGAUGACUUUGAGCUGGACAGGGACAUGGUUGCCUUGCCCCCUGUAUAGGGGUGGGGCUGAGGACGUGCACAGCCGCCCGUGCUCUGGAGUCACCUUUAGAGAGCUUUGUGAGAGGAGGACCAGAAAUGGGAACGUUCAGUCCUGUCUUUCAUCGAUUGUAUUUUUAUGCCCUACUCAAUAUUUGCAGCAGUAUAAUACAUGUAUCAGUGAGUCUUAUGGAGAGAUAGACUACCAUAAUCUGAAAUAGUUUAUCCGAUAAUUGAGAAACUCUUAUAUGUAUCACAAGAGCCUGAGCAUCUGGAGUAUCUUAUUUUUAGCCCUGUGACCUUACCACGUGGGUCAGGUUUGCUUCAUAAAGGUGGUUGGGUGUGCCUUGUGUGUCUCAUCCCAAGUCCUUGUGAGACCCUUUUUAUGUAUGUUCAUGAUUCCCGUGCUUCUCUGUGGAAGGGCUGGAAAAGCGUUUUGUGUGGGGGGGUCUCCGAGGUGAGCUCCCACCCCUCUCUCCCAGUCUAGUCCCAAGAGAGCUUCGCCUUGUGUUUGAUGGGCGUUCCACAGGGCGCGCAGCCCCUGACUGCAGGACCAGUCAGCUGGACCACUCCCAGCUGGGUCUUUGGAGGACAGGUCUUCCGAGCAGUGGGUGGAUGAACAGCUUGCUGGGCUUGCGGGAGAAAUUGCGGGUCUGGAUGGGGUUUGAAUCAGUCAGUGCCUCCACGUCCUGUGUUACAGGAACAUUGGCUCAUGCAUAUAUGACUUCCUGCUGCUGCCGCCGAGGUAUUUUUCCAAUGUAAAACCAAGAUUUAGUGUGGGUUAACCAGGUCUUUUAAUUUUGGUUAAUUGAAUAAGAAGCAUUACUGUGGAGUGAUUGUGUACGGAUAACCCUUUAGCUAUCAGGUUGUGUUUUUUUUUUCUUUUGGGGUCGGGGGGUGGGAUCACGGUCAGGUUUUCGGGGAUGAAGCAUUCAGGAAUCCUCUGCAUGAGGUGGGCAGCAGGGCAGACGCCAGGGGCCGCUCUGGACCUGAUCCCAGGAACCACUAGAAGAGGCGGGACUCCCCCCACUCUCCCAGAAGCACAGGUGCUUCAUGACCAACGUUACCAGCAUGUUGAGCUGCAUCCUGUUCGGCACUGUAUUUUGACUGGCAUUAAUUUAUUAAAGAAAUUGUACC